AUGGCAGGUCUAUUUGAACAAUGUGAUGUACCAGCGGAUCUAAGCGCGCUUCUAUUUGCAAUCUACUUCGCUGCAACCACGAGCUUACUAUCUAUCAAUGAGGGCGAUUUUUUGGGUGGCCAGAAACAUGCCGCUGUGCAGAAAUAUCAACGGGGAUUGGAAGUUUCGCUGUACAAUUCUUCGUUUCUGGACUCACCGACCAUAACCUCUCUACAGGCUAUGGCUAUCUAUGUCCGAUGUCGCCGAUUCCAUAGCAGCGGUCGCUCGAACUGGGUUUUGAACGGUCUGACAAUAUACGCGGCUCAGUCAAUCGGGCUUCAUCGCGAUGGAAGCAAUUUCAAUCUGCCGAUUCUCGAAUGUGAGCUGCGACGUCGUCUGUGGUGGCAUAUUAUCACCGCCGAUAAGCGAGUGGCCGAAGAUCAUGGACUCGUCGGGGGCUUUGAGACUAUCUCCAACACCAAGCUGCCAUUGAACGUCGACGACAGCGACCUUAGUCCCCAGUUGAAGACUCCGCCAGCUGCAAAAGAAACGUGGACGGAGAUGACCAUGUUCUUGAUUACCGCAGAGGCGAGUAAGGUAUUUGCGCGCAUCCACCGGGUUUCGUUGCAAUCGCAACCUGGUAAAGAUGUGCAUGAUGAAUCCCGGAAGCUCGUGGCCGACUUUGACACUCGUUUGAGUAGAACAUAUCUGAAAUAUUGCGACCAGAACGUUCCAGUCCAGAAAGCUACGUUUCUGUUGGGCCGCCUACUCCUCUGUAAAGCCAAGGCUUUGGUGCACAUUCAGUCACUCAAUGGCCUAAGUGCUAAGCAAUCUGCAAAGCACAUUAACGAGGAAACCCUCUCCUAUGCAUGCGUGGGACUCGAAUGCGGAUCCGAGAUGCUCACGGAUGAAGUGCUCAAGAGCUACAGUUGGUUGUCCUCAAGCUACACUCCGUACCAUCUGCUCACGUAUGCCCUGUGGCAUCUAUGCGUCUGUCCCGAAACCCCUGGUGUUACGCGAGCCUGGAACGCUGUCCAGAAAUGCUUCGAGUUAACAGAGCGCGAUUCAGGCUGGCGGGAGUGUGAUCCUCAUUGGGCCGUUUUGUGUGGACUUCGACAGAAGGCAUUGACGAUCCAACGAUCUCGUUUAGGCGCGAAGUCAGGAGAAGAACUAUCUGGUCUGUAUUCCAUGGACCAAGCAGUACUGCCAGAUACUGGUUCGGAGAUCGACUUUGGAGAUGCCCUGAUGCCCUGGGAUCUUGAUCCUCUUGCAUUCUUUGAUUGGACCUCCUUUGCCCCCACGUUUUGA